CACUCAGAUCGUUUGCAAAUCAGUGUUACAAGUGCCGCUUACUUGCUCGGUAGCUCGUCCAGCUGCCAUUCUUUUCCCUGCAGGAAAUCCCACUGCGGGGAGAGGAGGAGCCGGAGGUUACACUUUCAUUUGCGUUCGGGUUUUUUUUUGGGCCACAACGAAAACUGUUCGGUUUCGGUGUUUUUUUUUCCUCUCGGCGUUCAAUCGGCGCGUCCGUCAGGCGCGUGCGCGGUCACGGGAUUCAUGCUGCGCCGGCCAACCGUCUGCUGAUCGUGCUGCCGAGCGGAUCCCGGACGUGUGUGCUCGGUUCGGUGGUUGCGCGCGCUGUUCGGUUCAAACGCUCGCCCCGUACACAACGCAUCGCUGUGAUCUCCGGAUUUUUUGCCCGUUUUUGUGUGUGUGUGUGUGCCUUUCACGUACCUCUCCACCCACCCUUCUCUCAACGAUCAAUACACACACACACCUCCGGAUCGUGUACCGUCGUACCAAUGCAGCAGACACUCGGUCAUCAGACGCGCGAUGUGUUCCGGAUUGCGUACCGGUGGUGCCGCUACGUCCAGCACCGUUCUAGUGCGGCCUGCGUAAAACCGUUCGAUGCGUAAGCCGCAUCCCGCCCUACCCCUUAUCCCCGCCCACCAUCACGCCGAGUGGUUUGCUCGUGGAGAUCGCCCGGAAAAAGGCGAGCAAGAAAAGUGUAAUUCAAAGCCUUCACGCCCCCCCUCGGGCGCACAAAAGCGGGAAGUGAAUGUGAGUCAAAGUGAGUGUGCGGAUGUGUGUCUGUGUGUGUGUGUGAAAAUCAGUGCGUUCAAAAAAGAAAAUAAAAAUUGAACGAGCUCUCCGACCAAGUGAAAAUAAGUGAGUGAGAUUGUGUUGAAAAGAUCAGUGUGUGUGUGUGCGUGGGUGUGUGUGUGAUAAAGAUUGCAAAACGACACUCUGCCUAUGGAGAGGAAGGAGGAGAAGGAGAAGGAAAAGGUGAAAGCACAUCGCAAACGUUCCGGUGAGCAUCAGCCGCUGCACUCGACGAGGCGGGAAACACUGCCAACACCACCGCCGGAUCCAACUGUCGCCGCCGUCGCCACCGCUUCACCGUCCGGGCCAGCCGUCGAGGGCGAUGCGUACGCCUGUACCGGCAGUUACGCCGAGACGGACCCGUUCAAGCGUCUGUUCACGUACCGGGAGCGGGAGGCACAGUUUCUGCGGUUGCUGUGUGAAGGCGAUCCGGCGACGGCGGUACAGGAUGGCGGUGGUGUUGGGUGUAAGAAGCCACCCGGUCCGUGUCAUUCCCAGUCGCUGCCCGGGAGCAACGCGAAGGAGCCCGAUACGCCGGACGCACCGACACUGGGCAGGAACGAGCCCGGGUUCGAGUCGGCGAACGAGUUCCUGAUGCUGCUGAACCGUGCCGGCCCAUCGGUGGCGGCCGCUCUGUCGACGAAGGAUGCGAUCGACCAGCUCGAUCGGCUGCACGAGCUGAUCGGGCAGAUGCUGACGCUGCAGGAGCAGAACAUGCGCAUGCACUGGCAGCUGAAGAACGUCGAGACGCUGCGGAAGCUGAAGCUGAUGCAGCUGGCGAUGGCGAAAGAUCCGGAAGCGUUCCUGGUCGGACUGCCCGAGGACACGUCCGACAAUGAUCUGCUGGACAGCGAGAUCGGGCCGAAUCUGGCCCUGCUGGAAACGAUCCUGGCCGCCGGUAACUCUGCCAGCAGCAAGCGCAGCAGCUCGAAAAGAGAGCGUAGCAAAUCGGUGAUCAACGACGAGAUCGGUAACUUUCAGCUGCAUCGCAAGGAGAGCGGCGGUGGUGGUGGUGGUGGUGGUGGUUGCAGUGGCCGCAACUAUCCGCUCCGGCGCCAGAGUGCCAUUUCCGACUUCAAGCCCAAGGUGUCCAAGUGGACGAAGGUGAAGGCGGCCUUCAAGUGGGAAAAGACCAGCGCCCUGCCCGCGAACGAGAUCAAAAGCACGGAAGCGAUGAUGAUACCGGUCAACAACGAGGUGGCCAGAUAUCUGCGCGUACCGUCCAUUCCGUGCGUUGGCAGCUCGGGCGAUUCCGUGUUCAGCUCCUCGUCCGGUAUCGUGGUCAGCGGUGGCUCUGCUCCCGGCACGCCCGGUGAGAACAGCUUGGCCAGCUCGGCCGAAAACCUUACCGACCUGAACGAAGAAGUCGGCGCCGCGACGACCCAGCGAGAGAGACGCGGCAAGCGAGACUCGGUGAAGAGCACGGAACGGAGCAGCCAGGAGGAGGAUGCGCGCCGAUCGCGGUCCCUCGAUGGGGAAGCUAUUCUUGAACCGAUUCGUCAGAUGGAUAAGAACAAGAACAAAUCGGCCUGGAGCAAGGUGAAGGGUAUUGUGAAAAACCACCGCGGCUCGCUCAAGUCGAACGAGUCGCGGCGGGACGCGAAACCCUCCAACAGUGUCGGCUGCAGCCGGGAGGCGAGUCCGUGCGAGUCGAUGGAUGCCUGCGAGAUGAUGCAGCGCGACCGGUCGGAUUCGUUCUCCUCCAGCCAGACGUCACCGGGCCACCGGUCGUCGGCCAUGACACCGACCUUUCUGCUGCUACCGGCAGCAUCCCCUGGGUCGGUGGCGGCUGCUGGUGGUGGUGACACCAGUGCCCCGAGCGGUCCAAACUCCCCGUGCAGCUCCAUCCCGGGGACGCAGGGCACGUUUUCCAGCGGUGAGGAUGGCGAAUGGCGACCGGCGCCCGAGGGUCGAACGACGCGCAGCGGCAGCGGGGACAGGGGUGUACCGACGGCCACCCUGGUAACGCCCGGCACGGGUCGGGGAUCGCGCAAAAGCAAACACAUACCUGAAAUUGAAUCCGUACCUGAAGGAGUCCCGGUGGAGACGAGGUCACCCAGCAACUCCCAGCACACCAGCAUGACCAGCCACAACACCACCAACACCACCACCACCACCAACAGUAGUAGCAGCAGCAGCAGUAUUAGUAAGCUAAGAAAAUCGCCCCCCAAACCGCUCAGCCUGCACCGGCAGCCGGACUCGAUCGAUGUGUUGAGCACGGACCCGGCGGCCCAAUCGGACGCGGCGGUUGCGCAACUUGGUGCCGCCUCAUCGCCCGGUCCGAAGUAUUCGCCGAAGCGCAAAAGCUACGCCGGGAUUUGCCUCGAUCCGGAUGGCGGCGGCUCGCUGCCGGGCAGCCCAUCCGGCAAGCAGUUUAGCUUCUUCGCCGGCCCCGCCGAUCGGAUGGUUGCGGAGCUGAUCGAGCCAGACUACUCGAGCGGCGACGUUUCGGAUCAGAAUACGCCGAAGCGACGGCCGUCACCCAAGUACCAUCAUCGGACGUUGCAGCGCCAGCGGGAGGAAAUCGAGCGGCGGUAUCAGGAGCUGCAGCAGAAACUUCAGCAUGAGUUCGAUGCGAAGCAGCAGGAGUGGGAACGGAUGCGCCCGGCCGCAGUUAUGCUGAACAACAGUCCCUUAUUGCUUCUAGUGAACCAGCUGCUGAAGGAGGAAGCUGCCGGGGCGGCAGGGAUGCAUGGUGCCAAAGCCCAACCACCGCCGAUCGUGGAGGACAAUCUGACGCCCGAUUUCAAGAAGAAGCUCAACGAAUGGCGCACCAAGCACCAGCCGGGCGUGGAUGCCAAGAAGAAACCCAUCACCGACUGGCAGCUGUGGAAGACGGGACAGAUCAAGCUGGAAGGGCAGGGACUGAAGCAGCUGCCCGAUGCUAAGGAUUUGCCGGAAGAUUUUCAGAAAAAAUUGUCUGAAUGGAAGCAAAUGAAGGCAGCGAACAAAGUCCCGUCCUAUACGACGCAGUCCUCCCAGGGUGAGAGUGGAGCGUCGAUGAAGCGCCAGCAAUCGAAAGCGUCCGGCGGUGCGGUGAAGAAGUCCAAAACGUCCGACGAGCUCGAGAAGGAACGGCACCAUCAUCAGGCAGCACAGCAGCAGCAGCAGCAGCAGCACCACCACCACAGCCAGCAGCAGCACCAGCAGCAGUAUCUACCGAAAGCGGAAGGUCUGUCGAAGCUGAAGGCACUCGUUAGCACGUCGGAGGCGCCCAAGAAGGAGCUGGUAGUGCAGACGACCAAGGGUUUCAUCAAGUUCGAGGGCAUUUCGCGCAAGUUCACCCGGAAGCUGUUCGAGUGGGAAAAGGCGAAAGGCAUUGGGCCGGAAGCGUCCACCAUUGCGCUGUUGCAUCCGGGCUAUGCGCCGGUGGUCGUUGAAACGAGGGGUGUAGUGCUGGAGAAUAAACGAGAAAAGUCACCAGCCUUAGCAAGAUCACUGUCGAUGGACAGCAUAGCGCCUAUCCCUUCGGCAUCCUCCAUAUCACAUCAACCGUCCAGCCUUUCGCUGAACGAUGCCGACGAGCUGAAGGACGUCGAUAAGGACAGCGGUUCCAACCGGCGUGUCUCGUCCAACCCGGAGCUGGAGCUGUCAGCUGAACGAGAAGAACCGGGUGCCGUCCUAGUGGAGGUAGAGGACGAGAUACUGGAGGUGGCUGACCCACUGCUGAUGCCCGUACUGCCGCCAGAGGGCGAACGACGACGAGAAUCGACCACACUAGGAGUGAACCAGAAAGCCAAAGAGCCUGGAUAUUCGUCGAGACCGUCCAGCAACAGCAGUACCAUCCUGAAGGACUCCACCAAGCUGCUGAUACGCUUGAGCGAACAGGACUCGGUCAACCGGGACGAGGUGCGCCGGCUAAAGAUCGUGCUGCGUGCCCUGAUCGCCACACUGCCCGAGUUCGUCGAGACCGGCUCGCGUGAUAGUAUUGCAUUUUUUGCCUACAUGAAGGAUCUGGCCCUGGACGUGCUGCGCCAGCUGCAUCGCUUCGACGACGGUACGCUGCGGGACGCGGGCGAGGUGCUCGGCAACGUGCAGUCCAUCAACGGGUCGGUGGCCGAGCUGAAGAAAUCGCUUCACUCCUACAUGAAGUACGCUUCGGCGCAGGCGGCAAACGGAGGCCGCUCGGCGAAGGACGAGGACAUACCGCAGAUCAGUAUUACACCGGCCGUUGGUGCGCAGGCAACGUCCUCGAUCCAGCGGACGGACGAUUCGUUCCGCAACAUGGCCACCAUCAACGUGACGCCGACCUUCGUGUGUAAUGCGGUGCGCGUCAACACGGUGGAGCUGGUGCAACCGAACCCAUCGUCCGUGGUGCGUCGGUUCCCGAUCAGCUCGGAAUCGGAACCGGCUCCGCUUACGUCACAGUCGCCGGAUUCGUCGGCUUACGCACAACCGCAAGCUGCCCAGUGCAAGCUGGACUCGCCGGAGAAGGAUGUACGCGAACCGGGCGCCGGCAAGAAGCUGCAGCGCAAUCUCAGCAACGGAAGCCGGCGGAAGGCACGCAUCAAGCGGAUGGGCUCACGGCAGAGCAGCAAAACCGAGAGCGACAGUGACGACAGCCCGCAGAACUAUGUGCUCGAUGUGCCGCGCAAAGCCAAGCGCAAGACGAGCCGGGCGAAGAAGCCAUCAUCAGACUCGACGGAGAAGCUAGCGACAGCACCGGCUGGAGGGGAAAAGGUGUGCGAAGAUGUGGUUUAUGUGUUGAAAAUCAAGCCCGGACAGAAGAUUGAACAGGUGGAGCGACCUCAACCACAGAAUGCGUCCCUUGGAAUGGCUCCCGGGGAUGAGGUUCUUAUUUCUCCACAAGAAACGUGCGUUGAGUUGAUGGAGGUUGGGAUACAGCCGACCAUUCAGCCGUCGGUCACGUGCACCGCCAGCGUGUUGGUGAAAACGAAGCGCAAAAUCUUCACCACCGUCGACGGUGACAACCUGUCGGCGGGAGGAGUCGCAGGUCAACCGGUUGCCAUCAGCCAAGAGCUGGAGUCAGGCUCCGGUGCAUCGGAUCGAAACGAUGUCCCCGAAACGGUGGUAAACGUGGUGCUAUCGUCCCCCACUCCCCAGGAACAGAGGAUCGUCACCAACCUGCCCCCGCUGCCACAAUCCCCCAGCAUGCAGCGACGCAUGGACGCGGCGAAAGCGCCCAACAAGGAGCUAUCCCCCAACAUUCGACUCAUGAUCGCUAAGUACAACCAGCGGCUGACGACCGAAAAGGGAGGUGCCUCACCGCACAGCUCGGGCUCGUGUUCGCCCGUCGCGUGGCGCUCGCCCGUCCUCGAUCGGCGUGUGCGCAAACAGACGGAAAAGUACCAGGAAACGAUCCAGCUCUCCAAGUCGGCCAGUGCUGGAAGUUUGCGCAAAUCGCUCAAACAGCUCGAGGAGGAAAAAGAGCGCGGUACGGACUCGAACCGGGGUGAGUUUGGUGCCGAUCGAGACCGGACCAGAGUGCUGAAGUCGUUCAGUGCAAGCAAAAUUGAGGGCACAAGCAAGGAUGUGAUUGGGCGCGAUUUGACCGUUGGCAGUGGCGGAACGGAAAAGGAACCUUCACCCGAGCUCGGGACGUUUCUCGCUUGUGAUAGUCUGCGAAGGCGCGACACGUUAUCCCGGCUGGAGCGAACGCGGGAGCAGCAACAACAGCAGCAGCAGCAGCAGCAGCAAACGGUUGCAAACGAGCCGCCCGCAAGCAUUGCCAGCUCUCCGUCCUGCCAAACGAUCACCAGUGCGACGGGCACGAUCCGGAAGGAACGGCUGUACAAAAAGCGCACCGAGUCACCCAUCGCCACGGGGACGGGCACGGGAAGCAUCAAGAAGUCGGCGGGUCGUACCGAAAAGUACACACGCUGCCGGUCCGUACCGAAUGAAGAGUGCGCGGUGGAGGUGCUGAUCUCUUCGAAAGCACUGAAACCGCCCAGCCCACGGUUGAUCGCCCGGCGGAGACUUAAUCUCGAGCAGCAGCAGCACCAACGUACGGGAGAAUUCUCGAAAUCCGCACCAACCACGCCGCUGGAGGAGAACCGUAGCAUACUGGUACCGCUCAGCCAGCGAGCGCUGAAGCUGAAGAAAGCGAAGGAAGACUUCCUGCGUGCUCCGCUCGGUGGCGAUAGGGCGGCCCUCGGGAACGGUUGUUCGCAAGAGGCAGCAGAGCAUCAGCCGUGGAGCAAUCGGAUCAGUCAAAUCAGUGCGACCAGUACGGCCUCGUCCAGUGUGGUUGAGGGAGAGCUGACACUGCUGAUGAAGAGUGCCAGUGCUGGGGUGAUCGGGGCACGAUCGGUGCCCGAUCAUGAUGGUACGGUCACGUUGCGACGCAACGAAUCCGGAUCGUCGUACGUUGAGGGGGAGCCUGGUCCACCGGGGGCGAGUUCGCGGCACAGUAUCAGCACGGGCAGUACGGCUGGAGUGGCCACCGGUUCCAUUGCCGCGGGCAGUGGCGGAAGUCGAUUCGGUGGUCUUUCGAAUCUCGCCUCGAAGCUGCGCAAGGUGAAGCUGCGGCGCAGCAGCAAGGAUCUAAGCAAGAUGAACGCCAUUUCCGCACUGUGUCGGCAGAGCCUGAUGGUGGACAUUAGUGGUGAAGCCGCGGCAAAGAUGGGCAGUGCGCAGAGUCUCGGUUCGCCGCGACGGGCUGGCCGUGAGGACGGUGAGCAGGAUGAGGGCCGGGAUGGAGACGGUGCUGAACCGCUGAAAAAGUCCGGCAGUGUACAGGCCAUCUGCAAUCGCUUCCGGCGUAGCGGCGAACGUAGCGAUGAGUUGAAGAAGAGCCGCAGCUUAGGAUUUCUCGAGCCCGACCGGAAGGGUUCGGGAUGAGCGCAUGGAAUCGUGGGGAGAGGAUGUUGAAGAUAUUACAGCCAAAUGGUUGGGCAUUAAAAGCAGAAGAAUCAAAACGGAUGCGCUAGAAGAAUCGGAUGUAAAUGAUAUUGCGAUGUUCUUUUUUUGUAUGUCUAUGGAGUUGCGCUUGCUGAAAAAGGAAGGGCUGUGGAGUAGUGUUCGAAACCCGCUUCUCAAUUCUAUUGAUGUUCCGUCAUUUACGUUGUUCUACCGGUCUCUACUGUACAUGUUUUUCGCCCGUCCAAAAGAAACGGAGCAUUGAUGUUUGUUUCCCAUCGAAUGAAAGCGAAAUAAAUGAAAUGAAUCAGUA